AUGUCUACUACAGCUACCGAGACAACGAUGGAUCCUCCCCCACCGUACCAGGAAACGGUCCUGCAAGUGGACCAGAUCACUGACGAAGAGAGCGAGUGCUGUCGACUCUCAACCCAAAUCCAACACGACCCUAACAAUCCAGCAGCUACAGUCCCAGAGCCCACAGCAAAAACUACAGAAGCACCCCAACAACCCACAGAAGAGGACCCUUCAGCUGAACAAGAAACACCCAAACGCCGCAAGCGAGACCGCCUCAUAUCCAGCCUGAAGAAAUACGGCAAGAAAUGCGCAAAGCCCUUCGUCCGGUUCGGGCAGACCAAAGUCGGGCGCCCCUUUGCCAUCACGGCGAUAGUUGAAUCGCCGUGA